AGUUUCCAUCCCAGUCCUCUGGGGCGCAGCGGCGCGCUUUAACGCGUUUGGCAAGUUCCCACUCGCAGAAGAAGAAGACGCCGGCGGAGAGACAAGAGGAAGAAAAUGACAGGGCGCGCAAAAAGAAAACCCAGAUCCACUCAGGAGUCGGGUAAAGGCAACGGGGAGUUGAAGAAAGCCCGUCCUGAUGAGUCCAAAGCCGCGCCGUCGUCGCAGGUGGAUUCAGCUCGGCGUGAUGAGAUCAUGCAACUGUAUAAGCUUCAAAUGCCAGAAGAUCUGUACCACUUCUGGGACUUCUGCAAGGAGCUCUGCCCCGACAGCCCCUGUGGUGCACUGAAAGACACGCUGGGUUUGCAGCUGGUUGGUCCUUUUGAAAUUCUGGCAGGAGCUCACAAAAAGUCCAAGAACCCUCAGCCCAACUUCCACCUGCACUGGAGGUUUUUCUACGACCCACCAGAGUUUCAGACCGUCCUCCUGGGGAGCGAGGACAGUCAGCAUCACAUUGGCUACUACAGAGAUACUCCAGACUCCCUUCCUUCGUUUGUCGGGGAAAAUGAAGCCAAGAAAGGCUACGCUAUUACACAGAUGGGGGAUAACGUGUUCGCUGCUGUCCUCCUGUAUCUCUUGAAGAGGAGGAAAGAGAGAGGUGGCAAGAAAGCAGCGGGAGAGGCUCUGGAAAGCUUGGAGGCACAGCUGAGAGACCGGGCAGAGACGCUGGGCUUGUCUCUAGAGCAGAAGACCAAAGGCAUGAAGCAGAGGGACAAGAAGGUGGUCACCAAGACGUUCCACGGUGCCGGCAUCGUUGUACCCGUAGACAAGAAUGAUGUAGGAUACAGAGAACUACCAGAAACAGAUGCCGGUCUCAAAAAGAUCUGCAAGGCAAUCGCCGAAGCCCGGAAUGACGAGGAGCGCGUCAAAGCCUUCGGACCUCUCCAGGAGAUGAUCACGUUUGUUCAGUUCGCCAACGACGAGUGUGACUACGGCAUGGGCUACGAGCUGGGAAUAGACCUCUUCUGUUACGGAUCCCAUUAUUUCCACAAGGUGGUCAAGCAGCUCCUGCCCAUGGCCUACAGCUUGCUGAAAAGGAAUUUGUUUGGGGAGAUUGUGGAGGCCCACCUCUCGAGCCGCAGCCAUGACGACCUGGACCAACUCUCCGCACAAUGAAUUACAAAAAAACAAAAACAAAAAAAAAAACUUCAGUUCUAGCUUUUCUCUCCACCAUUUGUCCUUGUCUUCUGUUGUCUGUCAUUGUUAAUGUUUCUUGGUGGUUUUGGUGCUGCUGUCAUUGAUUCACUUCAAUGAUAUUUUGUUUGUACAAGUUAGAUGUUUAAUAAAGUAUUUUUAUAUAUUUACCCAUCCAC